AUGUGUGUGUACUGCGCGUGAUGUAGACUAUUAAUAAAAGCAAAGUCAUGUGAUUAAGUGGUGGGAAAUUGGCCUGUUGUUCACACGUCUCAUAUCUGGAUAUUUACAUCAUGCUGAGGGAUGGCAGUGUUCUAGCGUGAGUUGAUAUCAUUUGCUCACUGGCAUAAUUUUUUAGAGGAUAUUUGUUAUUCUUCCGGGCUAUUGUGUGCCUCAUGGACCGAAGACCUAGCGUGGCCUCCCUGGAGGACCAACUGCGUUGUCCCGUGUGUCUGGAGGUAUUCAACGAGCCUCUGAUGCUCGAGUGCGGGCACUCCUAUUGCCGCAGGUGCGUCCGCUCCAUGAAUCUGGACACGAUAGGCCAACUGCAGUGCCCCGUGUGCCGCUGCUCCGUCGACGGCCUGAGCCCUCCACUCAACCACUCGCUGGCUCGCCUCAUCGAAUCGCUGCUGGAGGUGAAUAGGCCGGGGGAUGCGCCAUCUGAGAACUGUCCGCAGCACCACAACCCGCUCAGCCUCUACUGCGAGGAGGACCAGGGGGUCAUCUGUGGCCUGUGCGCCAGCAUAGGAACGCACCGCUCUCACAAGGUUACCCCCCUCAGCAGCGUCUACAGCCGCAUGAAGGAGGACAUCUCGUGUCUCAUGUCGGAGUUCCAGGGCCAGAGGAGGAAGCUGGAGGAGCGGAUCUGUAAAAUGGCCUACAACAAAUCACGCAUCACCAAUGAGUCUGAUGUUCUAAAGUGGGUGGUGCGUAAGGAGUUUGGGGAGCUGCGUCGCUGGCUGGAGCUGGAGGAGUCCUCCUUCAUGCAGCGCGUGGAGGCCACGGCGUCCGGCCUCAUCGCCUCCAUCCAGACCCAGGCCGACCACAUGGGCACCCUGCUCACACGCCUCCAGGAGGCCCAGGACACCCUGCACGCCCUCAGCAACGAGGGACACCUCGCAUUCAUCACGAAGUACAGCUCGAUCGCCCCAAGGUUUAAGGAGGGCCAGCAGCGUCAGCAGCGUGAGGAGCGGAUCUACAGCUCCAUCAACUUUGACCCCGGCUUCAAACACAACGACAUCAAGAUGGCCGUCUGGAAGAGGCUGCAGCGCAGGGUGUUGCCAGCCCCCACCUCUCUGAAGCUGGACCCCAUGACGGCCCACCCCUUGCUGGUGCUCAGCGCCGACCUGGCGGCGGUAGAGUGCGGAGCCGUCCUCAGCCGCCUGCCCAACAACCCCGAGCGCUUCAGCUACAGCUACUGCGUCCUGGCCAGCCGCGGAUUCUGCUCAGGCAAACACUACUGGGAGGUGCGUGUGGGUUCCAAGCCCAAGUGGCGGCUGGGCCUCAUUAAGGGCACGGCGGGGCGCAAGGCCAAGCUGCCCAAGAGCCCGGAGGCGGGCGUGUGGCUGAUCGGAUGCCGCGAGGGCCGCGUCUACGAGGCCUUCACCACCCCACGGGUCACUCUGCCCCUGACGUCGCCCCUGGAGACCGUGGGCGUCUUCCUGGACUACGAGAAGGGCGAGCUGACCUUCUACGACGCGGGCAGCCCGGACGAGCUGCGGCAGCUCUACUCCUUCACGCUGGAGCUGCAGGGCAAGGUGUACCCGCUUAUCGACGUGUGCUGGCACGAGCGGGGCGCCAACAAGCACCCCAUCACUCUGCCAGCGCCACCGCAGAACGCACAGGAGGCCGCCGGACUCAGGAUCCAGAUCUAGAGUGGGAACAUACACUCCAACGGUCUCAAAGCAACACUAAAGCUCUUUUCUGGACUAGAAAUCUAGACACUUCUGCUGACACUGUCAAGGGCUGCUUGUGACUAUCCAUUGGGAUUUUGAAAUGCUCCUAAGAUCAACCCUAAGGCUGCCAAAUCAACAUGCAUUGCAUACAAUAUGUCAUGUAAUUCAAAUGCACUGGUUGGUGGUAGUGCUGUCUUGUUGUAUGCAGAGAGAUUCAAAAGACAACUUUUUAGCUGACCCCCUUUGUCUAGAACAGUGUCCCCGUUAAGGAACACUAGUCUAUUAAUAAUGAGUUUCUAAACCUUUCCUCAAUUUGAUAUGAGGUGAGUCUUACAUGCCCAGGCCAGCACUUUUCCUCUGUAGUCUCCCUCCACACUUUCCACUCCACUUAUCCUCUUUUGUUGCUCAAUAGGUUGGAAGCAGAAAUGUCCUUGUUCCAUCUCAUUUGAAAUACAGAUCAGAGCGACACGCUUUUGCAAACUUACAUAGGGCAGUUUUAUUAGAACUGACAUAAUGGCCCAAAAAAGAUUUCCAACAUAUUUCACAAAUUAAAGUCUGUGGAACUAAAAUUGCAUUCAUUGAGCUCACUGCUUGGUUGAAUAAGGGACAAUAAAGAGAAUAAAAAGGUAAUACUGUAUUUUUGUACAUUCAGUUUUAACCUUGAAUCUCAGGAUAUAUUCUAUGUACAUUUGUUAUAUUUUCUAUGCGUACCUACAUUAGUGUAAAUGCCGAGUAAGCCAGUGGUGGAAGGACGUACAGUAACGCGUUAAUAUUACCUUGUUUUGUGCGCUGUAGCCCCUUAAUGCACGCCGUACCUCCAGUGGCACGCUGUGAUAGUCACUGAAAAGUUAACUACUAUAGUACUACAAUGCUAUGACAUAACACAGGGCCCUUAGUAACGCACUACGACUUGGUCAUUGCCAUUCUGGUAACAGCAAAUGUAUAUAGCCUUGACUUAAUGGGUUAAAUGUGUGUGCUGUUUCCUGCUCUGAAUGACACAUAGUACAAGUAUAGUUGUUUGAAACCAUGUCAUUCAUAAAUUGUUGUGUUUUGUCUUUAGAGAAAAGAAUCAGUUGAAUAAUAGGCCUAUUUAUCUGUAAACUGUACAGCAAAUCCAAUGUAUAAUUGUAAGUAAUAAGUAAGACACAUUUCAGUUGUUAUUUAAUUGUUUCUUUUUAAUCUUGUUCACAUUUUUCUUGAGUAGAGCUACAGUUGAUUUGAUGUUAAUCUGAUCCGACAGUUGCCUGCUGCUUGAUAAUUACUGUUUCUUUUCUAAUCGAGAGCUUGUUGCCAGCCUUACCU